AGUUUCUACAGUUCCGUUGACUGUAUUUUCGCCCUCCACUCAGUGAUAUUUAGUUGUCAAUUCUUUGAGUUUUGGAUUUUAUAAGCAGUUUCUAAGAUGAAACCGCAUGAGAAGGAAAAAAAGUUUAAACCAUUGACUGCUCGUAUUCUUGAUAUCGAUGAUUUAAUCAGAAGCUAUGUUAAGAAGUAUGAUUUUAGUCCAGAACACAGGAAACUAGCAAAUCUAGAGGUAAAGAAAGAAGAUGUUAGCUUCAAGUACUUUAGGCUGGUUCAUGACAAAAUCUGCUAUCCGGACAAAGAUGAUAUAACACAAAAGAGUGGCUUCAAAGUUUUGCCUGAUAAAGUAACUCUUUGCACCGCUUCUUUUAAAAAUGAUACUGGCAGCCCCCAAAUUUUCCACUUUAACGCUGAGAGGAAGACUAAAUCAAUAACAAAAGUUUCUACAGAUGAAAUGUACAAAUUCGAAAUGCACUCGGAAUUAAAAUUUCCAAUUCUUCCAGGCAUGGGAAUGGAGGCUAAUGUUGGAAUGAGAGGGGAAUGGAACUUAACAGAGAACUAUGAAGAAACUGUUGAAGAGGAAUUUACAUGGUCUGUAAAUAGCGAUGUAAAAGUUCCAGAGAAUACAGAAACAAUUGCCUCACUAGAAAUUGUUGAAAAUCAGUUUGAGGGUCAGUGGAAAUUGAAAACUUACUUCAAGGGGAGAAUUAGUAUCGCAGUGAAGAAUAAAAACAAACCUGAUGAGGUUGUAACAACAAUCACUUUUCCUGUUGCUCAUUUUGUUCAACUAGGUGGAAAGUAUUUUCAGGAAGAUGACAAAGGGAUCUACUUUACAAGCACUGGGUGGUGUAAAAGUCGUUUUGCGACUGAUCAACAAGUUAACUUGAAACAGUCUAAACUACCGGCGACAUCUGCAGUGCAAAUGUAA